AUUCCUGAACAGCGUAGUGUCUCUUAAAUGUAAAUUCUGUACUUUUAACCAACCAUGUCGCCUUGUAAUGUUAUAAGUGUGAUCGUCCGCGGUGUCCCAUACACCAUACCUCCAGGACUUUCACUGAUCGGUUCAACGGAACACGAACGCUACAACUCGCUACUAGUAGCCGAUCAGACCGUCUCGCCCAAACAUGCCAGCAUACGCUACGAUUCAGCCACAAACAGACUGGAGGUGAUGGAUUUGUGUUCGCACAGUGGUGUGACUGUUGACCAGCGCCCACUGGAUCCGUUGGUGUGGUGUGAAAUAAACCCGCUUAGCCGAAUAUUUUUUGGUUCAGUAACUGUGAUUAUCAAAAUCGACCUACCAUCCAAGAAGCCCGACAUUUCGUUCUUUCAAGAUGACGACUCAAACGAUUUUAUUGACUGCAGUCUUCAGGAAUCACACAUGCUUAAGACAAGGCAAGCGGAAACAUCAGGAAGUGGUGGCUCGUUCAAUGAAUCACUGAGACCGUUUUCGUCCAUUCGCACAACAGCAACACUGUCAUCAGCUGAGGCGCACAAGAGCGCUCGGCGUAGCAGUUUUCUGGUUCCAGCUACGCAGCAGCUCGAAGAGAGUAUUUCUUCAAGAGUUCCCAACGGCUCCAAACUGGAUAUUGAAGAUAGUGUAGUGAGUGGACGGCCAAGUGAUGAAGCAACCCCCGGAACGGGACUCCUAGGAAAAGAUGGCGACGACGACGAUGGAUUCUUCUUCAUUCCUGAAACCCAACUGGAUGAACUGGACUGCGUUUCGGAAGUGAUUGGAGGGAUUGUUCCCGUUGGCGAACCUACAUGCGGUGUCGUGACGCAAUCCACAGAAGACGACUACUUUCAAAUGACGGAACAAGAUGAUGACGAUCAGAACAGCAUCGAUGGACUAUUCAACAAUAAGUACAUCGAGGAGUCGCAAAAUUUACUUCAAAGUAUGGACGAGUCGUACCGGCUACAGGCACAGGACCAAGAUGAUAGGCAGCAACCUGUCUCGAUACUCCCCGAGCGAUCCGUGGAUUCAAUAUCGUUUCAUGAGAAUCGAAACACCACACAGGAGAUGAGUCGCAUCGAGUGGAACGAGAGUAAGCAAGUAAACGAUCAACCGAUCGCUGCAGUGUUAUCCGAUAUGGAACCUGACCCUGGGCAAGGAGAAGCCUACUGUGGCGAGCCAGAUGACCGAACAGUGACACCAGAUUUAGUUUUCGAAAAAUCGCAGGGCGGAGAGAAAGAACUUCGAAAUGGUUCAGCAACGCCUGACUUGGAGCUCAAUAGCCGGCCUGGAGCAACGGAUCGUGGCGAAGAAAACGAUCAAACAGCGAUACCCCAUUUGGAUGUCGAUAAACCGCAGGACGGCGAGAAAGAAUUGCGUAACGGUUCGGCAACACCAAAACAAAAGCUUGAUAAUCAACCUGGAACAACUGAUCGUGGCGAAGAAGAUGAUCGAACAGUGACACCGGAUUUGGAUUUUAAUAAACCGCAGGACGUCGAGAAUGAAUCGAUGACUGGUUCAGCAACGCCCGACCUGAACGUGCACCUUAAUGAUCAACUUGGAGCAACUGAUCCUGGCGAAGAAGAUGAUCGAACAGAGACUCCCGAUUUGAAUUUCGAUGAACCAGAGGGAGCAGCGAAUAAGAAGCGGGAUUCGUCAGCAACCCCGGAUUUGGAAUUGGAUAGUAAAGCUCCACAAAAAAGCACCGAAAUUGAAGCUGAUAUUGCAGAUCGUGCUUCUGUGGUGCGUGCUUCACCUGCACUGUGCAUUGAAGAACAACAAGAACAUGAUCAGGAGUUUGAAAUUUCCCUUAACCAAGAGGGUGGCGUACCUCAUGCGAGAAACAACGUGUACGAGAUGGAAACACAAGCCUUUAUCGCGGGUGAAGUGGAAGUGCUCACUGAUGAUGUUGAUCCGUACAACUUAUCCACGCAGCCGCUACCCAGAGAGAAAGCUACAGUCUUGCCCGCAGUUGUGCGUCCCAAAAGGCAACGGAAAAAGACAGAAUCACCGGCCAAGGUCGAUGAGAAAGAUUUGGUAACACAGCCCUUAACUCCUCCACCAAGCUUCGUUUUGAUGCCGCGUGCAACGCGCCGAAAAAGGGCCCCAGAAGUUUCUUCUCCGGUUGCGAUAGAUCCGUCCGAUCUGCUGACGCAACCUCUCAGCCCACCGAGGAAUUACCUUUCCGGCGGGGUGCGUAAGAACAGCACAGCUAAAACUAAAACGACCCCGAAAGCAACGAGCGCCGUUUACGAUUUGCAGACCCAACCGUUAAGCCCUGUGCCAUCGCGGAUGCUAUCGGAUGAUAGAUUUAGCGAUAAAGUUCCUGUAGUUGCCCUGAUCGAUAUUAAAUAUUUUCGCCGGUCGAACGAAUCGGCACAAGAUCCUUAUCUGGCUGCAACGCAACCUUUGAUCGAAGACGAAGAGGGAAAUGUUUACGAUCUCCAAACACAGCCAUUUUGUUCGACGUCGCGACUAACGGCUGGCACUGGUAGCGAUCUUGACGAUAGCGGAAACCACACGAUUCCGAUGGCUGUCAAUGAACAGUAUCUGGAGACUAAGGAGGAGCCGAACGUUACACAAUUUUGUCCAAAAAUUAAUAGCACCGUCCGCCAGUCGAUGAUUGCUGAUCAGCAGCAAGAGGAACAGCUGAAAAUCUCACCCUCUUCCAAUAAGGAAAACCAAGUGGCAGACACUUUGCCCAACGAGCCCGAAAAUGAGGAUCUUGAGGAUAGCUUUUGUUUGUCAGCAACGCUUCCGAUGGGGGAACUCGGGACGGGCGGCACAACCGAUUCCAAUGCAAGUACGAAGGUGAACAAACGAUCCACAAAGAAAACGAACGAGCUCAUGUUUAAAUUACCGGCUACCAAAACCCCGGCGCCCAAGAAACGCAAGCCGUCUCCAUUUCAACAAUUCCUUACUCCAGAACACUCACUGUUCGCUUGUCUUCCAAAGGCAGAUGUGAUCCGUUCGUCGACGAGUGCGAUAAGCGGACUGUGUGGAAGUAGUUCGCAUGGUGCGGUCAGUAAACAUGCGUAUCCUUUCGGCGAUGGCAGCAGCAGUGACAGCGAAGAGGACAGCAAAGUAUUCAAAAAAACAAACGUUAGCGAAGCGUAUGAACGGGAGCUGGAAAAAUCGAAAGAGGAUGCAAAGCGGAGCAAAUUGGCCAAAGAAGCAAAAACGGAUCGUCAAACGAAAUCUAACCGUUCGAAGCGCACGGAAAAACCUGUUGAGAAUAAAGAGCACGAGGCGCACGGUGCUGCUGAAGGGAGCGCAUCCGCGAAGACCAGCGGAGUCCCGGAGAGAAAAUCUACCAGGAAAAGAGAAAGCACUAAAAAACUGGAGGCCAAAGACUCGAAAAGAACGCGAUCGAAACGGGCCUCUGAGUCGAGUGAGCCACAAGUUGUAGUUCCCAAGCGCAGUCGCCGUGAGGUGCGCCAAAAGAUACCAACGAUCGAGGAAUCGGUUGAGUAUGACCGUCACAGUACUGGUGUAGGUUCCGGUGGUAACGAGAUUGUUCCGCCACCGCGCACCCGAAAGCGAAAGGAGAGAUCUUCGGAGAAGCAGGAAAAACUUUUGACCGAGGCGACUGAGCGGACAACUUCGGCGGCCAUCACAACCACUCGGACCUCUCGGAAGAAGGUAGAUGCUUCAAACGACAAUACGGGUCGGGAAGAAAAUGGAUCUUCGUUAGUCGGGGCUGCGGGUGGAGUUGAAAGGGAGGCACUGGUUCGGGGGAACCUUAGCUCCACCAGCAGCGUGGCGAGCGAUGGAUCGAAAAUGUCGGUCCGUACCAGAAACCGGCCAAUGAUCAUGUUCACACGAAUGGACCCCGAACCGUACCGAGCGAUUAUAGCCCGUGCUGGUGGUAAAAUAGUGGACAUACCGGAAAUGGCCACGAUUCUCGUGACGGAUCGCAUCAAACGAACGUACAAAUUUCUGUGCGCCGUCGCCAAAGGUAUACCUAUUGUGGGUCAAUCGUAUCUGGACGCUUUGAAGGCGACCGACGGGAAGGACAAACCAGUGGUGGACCCAUGGGAGCACAUCCUGGUCGAUAAUGACUCUGAAAAGCGCUACGUAUUCCAUCUCCGUGAAACACUGUUGAAGGCACGCCAGAAUAAACUAUUUCGUGACUAUACCGUUUUUGUGACCUCCAACACACAACCACCCGCAUCGGAGCUAUUUUUGAUACUAUCGUGUGCCGGAGCCAAACCGUUAAAAAACCCGCCCAGCAGCAGUUCACCACCGAUUAAUCUGCACAAAAUGUUUGUAAUCUCGAGCCCCGAAGACGCUGCAUCGUGGGUAAAGUACAGGGAAAAAUAUCCACGCAUUGAAGUCAUCUCCUCGGAAGGGUUUAUGAUCUCCAUCAUACAUCAUGCGGUUUCGUUCGAGAAUUAUCGGUUGCUUUGAAUAGAUAGAUACAAAAAUGGGCAUGAAAUAGUACAAUGAACCAGCGAAGUGACGAAAUGUUGUGCCAUCAGUCAAUUAAGAAACAGGUGCUGCAUUGACAUGUUUUAUACAGAGUUUAUCCUUUUCCUUACUCUUGCUUUACUCCAGUGCUUUAUUGCUACGAAACUUUCGGGUUUUAUUAACAAUCAUCUUUGGGAUUACCUUAUGGCUAAUUGCUAACCAUAUUCUUCACGAUGAAAUGGCCAUUUUUACAUCACAUUUUGCCUCAGUACGACCUUUUGAACUACGAUUUGUUAUGUUGCAAACGCAAUGGUUUACUUAAA